AGCGCACGCCAGGAGAGACGCUCAGCUGCGCGCACACAGCUGGAUGGAUCACACGGUUAAAAGCUGACAGAGGAUGUGAAUUCUGCGACAUUUGUGAAGUUUGACGGGGAUAAGAAGCAGAAACCAGGACGCAGGUCCCCGAACCGGAUUCACAAUCAGGACUUUAAAAUAAGGGCUGGAUUUUGGCACCGCUCAGAAAACGAUCCGCUCCGGUUUAAUGAGUUGAUUUUAAGAUUUACGUUAAAGUACCGACUGACCCCCCUGUACCGACACACCAUGAUGGAGUCUAUCUUAGACAGCUUUACAGAUAAACUGUACCCCCCCGGAGGAUCCAACCUGUUGGACCUGGAGGAACUCAGCGACGGAGAUUUCCUCACUAACGUGCCUUUCUCAGGAGACCAGAUGGACGACUUCAGCAGCGAAUUAUUCAACAGUUUCUUCGACGACCAUCUAUUAGAGCGCCCCCUGAUGGCUGACAGACCUUCGCUUUUACACAUGGACACUGACAUGGAGAGCAGCCCAGAUAUUCAAGCAGAGCACAGCUACUCCCUGAGUGAAGACUCCGCCCCCCAGAGCCCGGCCCUGUCAAUCAAGAUGGACCAAGAGUCUGAAUUCGAAUGGAACUUCAGUCAGGACCUCUCAGCCAUCCUGGUGAAACAGGAGGAGCCUGAUGUGGGUCAAAGGUUAGAUCCUCCGCCUCUGGAAGGCCCGCCUCUCAUAUUAAGCCCCGCCCCACCACACAGAGGCUCAGCAUGGAAACACACGGAGCGAGGUCAGGACGAUGUGAAGCCAAAAGCCAUAAAAGAUGAACCCAGAGAGAUGGGACAGUACCUCAGCCUGCCCAGCGACGACGCUCUCCAGCUCCCACCCACUCCUCCCAGCAGCAACCACGGGGACAGUGACGGCUCCCUCCCUCCGUCCUCCCCGCACGUCCCUCUGCCCCCGUCCUCCCCGCAGCCACAACAGAGGCCAGGAGGUCGUGCCUCUUCAUCCUCGUCCUCCUCCUCUUCCUCCACAGCCAUCUCCUCCUCACCUCUCCUCACUGCACCGCAUAAGCUGCAGGGCUCAGGACCCCUCCUGCUGACAGAGGAAGAGAAGAGGACCCUGGUCGCGGAGGGAUACCCGGUCCCCAACAAACUCCCUCUCACUAAGAGUGAGGAGAAGGCACUGAAGAGAGUCAGACGGAAGAUUAAAAACAAGAUAUCAGCUCAGGAGAGUCGGAGGAAGAAGAAAGAGUAUGUGGAAUGUCUGGAGAAAAAGGUGGAGAACUACACGUCAGAAAACAGCGACCUGUGGAGAAAGGUCGAAAACCUGGAGACCGCCAACAGGUCUCUCCUACAGCAGCUCCAGAAGCUUCAGUCGUUGAUUUCAGGGAAGGUCAUCCCUCGCUCUUGUAAAAUGGCCUCAACUCAAACGGGGACGUGCCUAAUGAUGAUGGCGGUGUGUUUCGUCCUGGUGUUGGGCUCUUUCUCUCCGUGCCUCUCUCCUCUCUCCUUACUCGCUGACACCUCCUCUUUGUCCUCGUCCUCCUCUUCCUCCAGUCCCUCUGCUCCUCUUCCAUCAGCGGACCUCUACACCACUAGCCAGGUCCGCUCCCGCAGCCUGCUCUUCUACAAUGAAGGGUCUCCACUGGAGGAGAGUUUAGAGGGGGACAGGCUACAGACGGAGCCCCACUCCCACAUUCAGACCAGCAGGUACACAGCUGACGCACACAGCAACCAGACAACUGGGCCCAAAUCAGACCACAGAGAAACAAAAGCAGAAGGAGUCUCAGAGAUUUUCUGACACAGCCCUCCUCCUCCUCCUUCCCCUCCUCCUCCCAUGACUUCUCAUCUCUGACCCCGGACGCCUCCAGAUUCCUGACCUCACCAGGUUUCACAUCAACAUCCAACUGGACCAAAAAUAUGCAUUCUCACAUGUACAUAAUAAUCUGUUCCUCUGCCACCUCUCACCUGACACAGACUCUGACACACCUGAAGAUACUUGAUUUUAAAGGGGACCACCAUGUUCAGGAUUUUUAAGCACUCACUUCAUGUGUUAGCUUUGAGUUCACACAGCUAAUUCAUGAUAAUCUUCAACCUGUUCGGUGAUAAAAGACGACCUCGUAGCAACUUUUAGAAACAUAAUCAUCACCAGAAACGAGUUGGAGCUUUGCUAACAAAGAGACAAAGUGCCAACUUAGUUUCACAAUCAGAGAGGCUGAGGAUGAUAAUUUAAAGAUCGUACAGCUUGGUGAUAAAUUCAAAUGAUGUUUUAAAAGUGCCUUCCCAUUCUUAAAUCAAACAAGACCAACCUGGCCUUACUUCAGCACCUGAGGAGAGAGGAGAGGUUCUUUUUAAAUCUAGCUUUGUUUCUUUUAAGAAAUCAGCGACUGACGAAUGAUCAGGGUUUCUUUUCCGUCUGUGAAUGCACUUGUAACGCUUGGUUUAAAUGUUCAACGAUGUAUUUUCAUAUUUCUCCUUUCUCAGUCCAUCUCUGAAGUCAAAUCUUCACUUUCCAAACUCUCAGUGUGAAGCCGUGUCUUCACAUGCAGGGGACUGUGAACGGGGUCCUGACUGAGGUUGGGAAAACGUGACAUAAAAGUAUUUUUUAUGGAGUUAUAAAUUGUACAUAUAAUAUAUUUGCAGCAUCAAAAAAAGAGCAUAUUUAAUUUAUGCAACAAAAAAAGAAUGUUUUUAAUCUUAAUGUUUGUUUUUUUUAAAAUAAUGUUUACAAAAAAUCUCAAAAACACGACUUAUAAUAUAUUCUGAGCAUCAGAAAAGAGCAUAUUUAUUUUAUGCACAAAAAAAGAGGAACUGUGUUUCAUGUUAAAGUUUUACAUGAUAGUGUGGUUUACAUGCUGUUCGAUGGAUGUAAAGCUUUGAUCUGUUUGUGUCUUUAACUGUAAUACAGUGUUUGUUUGACUGCUGUUGCAUGAAGAACUCAGACGCUCUUCUUCUUUGUUAAAAAACGAUUCGAAAACAUCAAAAUUCACCUUCAGAAGAAAGUUUGAAACAAAAAUCAAACAAAUCCAAACAAUCAUGUAUUUUUUAACCUCCUCUUUGUGUCGGCACGUCUCAUGCGACAGCAGUGUAUGUUGUAUUUAUUCCUGUUUGUAGAAAGUGUGUAUAUAUUGAUGAACCAAUCAGGAAACUCAAACAUUCCACGAGAUGAAACACCACUAGCUUUGUGAGCGCCAAAAUCUGAGGCACAUACGGCGUCACGUCUUCACCACUAUUCUGAAAAUAUCAAAUUUACAUAUUUUUAAAAAAACCCACACGACCAUGAAUCUGAUUUAUUUCUUGUUUUUAUUUUUAUUUUAUCUUCAUGUGACUGCAACCCCGUCAUUCUUACUUUUAAAGGGUUAUUCUGAUGUUUUUAACCUGGGCCGUAAAUGAGUGAGAGCGGGAAGCCUCCCUGUGCACAGACAUCCUCAUUGGGUCAUUGCUUGGGUGCAUGAGUGUGAGAGUGUCUGGUUGUGUGCAUGUGUUACCUUUCCCGGGUUAACCCGCCCCUCGCCGUGUGACACCUGGAAUAAGCUCCAGUAGAUCGCUACAAUCAUAUAAAACAGUCUGCAACACACGUCCAUGGAGAGUUCUUGUUUUCGUCCCGGCAGGCUCAGAUUAUUAUUCUAAGAGUCUGCAUCCCUAAAGAGAGAGUAAUUCACUCUUUGUAGACAGAAACAGAUGUUGCAUUGAUUUUUAUUUGUCAAAUGUCACUUAAUUUACAGACACGAACAACACGAGACAAUAGAAAUCAUGUUAUCAGUCCAUGAUCGUCCAAAGAGGAUCAGAGGGAACAAAGUUUGAUCUUUAAACUCGUUGCUUUUCAAAGUCCACAGACAAAAAAGAUGUAAUUUUAAAGCUCCUGUGAGGAACUUUCUGUCCGUGGCGAUUUGGCGCCCCCUGGUGGACAAAGUGGUACCUGCAGAAGCGCUUUUACAGGCAUUAAAACAAUGAUCCAGGAAACAUCAGUCUUGUUGGUUUCCUGACCUCACAGAGGCUUUAAAUCACAGAAACAGAGACAUGCUCAUCUAAUGCAGCUCUUAAUCUGAGUCAGGAGUAAAACAGGAACUAUCCAGGACUCUUAGGAUGACGUCUGUUUCAAUAUCAGCAAUCUACUGGAGCGCCUCCAAAACAAACUCUCCUGUCACUCAUUUAGGGCCCAGGUUUGAGACCACCUGAAUCCCCCUCGGACAGUCUUAAUGCACCAGUGUACAUAAAUAAUGACAACUUAAUGUGCAGUUCUUGUAAAUAAGGGCCUUUUGUUUUUUGUAUUGUGUCUUUGUCUUAGAUUUUAACCUGUGGAGUUAUAUGGAAAGGGGGUGAUAAGUAAAAAACAAGGGUUUAGGGAGGAUUGGAAAGAGGGAGGGAGAGAAACCCUGAUAACACAGCAGCUGCACACACUUUGAAUAUUUGUCUAGAGGAGCUCUUCUCCUUGAGUCAUUUGAAAUGUGUUAUGUUCCCAUGUUGUCUGGAUUUGUUGUAUAGCGUCUUGCAUGUUCCUCCAUAUACGACUAUGUUAUUGUAGUUUAGUCCGUAGAGUAGAAACCAGCAAAAUAUUAAAAAACUGCAUCAGCAA